AUGCUCCUGAAGGAACUACUUAGCCUUGCCUCUCUAUUGGCGUUGGCCAAAGCCGCGCCCGCUGGUGCACCAACUGUGAAGCUUGACAGUGGUACCUUUAUCGGGGUGAACGAUGGCUCAGUUCAGAAAUUUCUAGGCAUCCCAUUCGCACAACCUCCUGUUGGAGACUUGCGAUACCGUUUACCACAGGCAAUUCCUCCUUACAACGGAUCGCACGAUGCAACAAAAUUCGGCCCUUCAUGUGGACAACAAGCAAUCGACUUGCCCAUUGUCCAGGGGCUGGUGGCCGACGCAGCAGACUUUUUGGUUAAUUCUAUCUUUGGCCAAAUAUUUCCUGACUCAGAGGAUUGCCUGACAUUGAACGUUGUCAAACCUGCUGGUGCGACUUCGACAUCCAAACUCCCCGUUCUAGUAUGGAUUUUCGGAGGUGGGUUUGAACUUGGCGGCACGUCGAUGUAUGACGGUGGUUUGGUGGUGUCCCGAUCUAUCGCGUUGGGGAGCCCUGUUAUAUAUGUCAGCAUGAACUACAGGCUUAGUGGUUUUGGGUUCUUACCAGGGAAGGAAGUAAAAGCUGCCGGUGUUGGAAAUCUAGGUCUGCAAGAUCAACAGGAGGCAUUUAGAUGGGUUCAAAAAUAUAUCACCCAGUUUGGAGGUGAUCCAACCAAAGUGACAAUAUGGGGAGAAUCAGCGGGAGCAAUCUCUGUAUCUCUGCACAUGCUCUCAAAUGGAGGAAAUCCAGGUGGCUUAUUCCGAGCAGCGUUUAUGGAAUCCGGUGCUCCUAUACCCGUCGGCGAUAUAACUAAUGGGCAGAAAUAUUACGAUGCCCUCGUUGCAGAUACCGGAUGCUCCGGUGCUAGUGACACUCUAGCAUGCCUGCGGACGAUACCAUUUACAGACCUUAAGGCUGCGAUCAACAAGUCGCCGGGGAUUUUCGCUUUCCAAUCUUUGAAUCUUGCUUGGCUUCCUCGUACCGACGGGGUCUUCUUGACCGAAAAUCCACAAGCAUUAGUCCAGCAAGGCAAAGUGGCAAAUAUUCCGUUCAUAACUGGAAACUGCGACGACGAAGGAACUCUGUUUUCUUUAUCAACGCUGAACUUGACGACGGACGCUCAAGUCAUCGACUACAUAAAAAAUGUUUUCUUCCCCGGUGUAACCGACGAUCAAUUAAGCCAACUUGCUACCUUAUACCCCUCUGAUAUCCUCCAAGGAUCUCCAUUUGACACUGGUAUCCUAAACGCGUUGACGCCGCAAUUCAAAAGGAUCGCGGCCUUCCAAGGCGAUGGGGUGUUCCAAGCACCUCGGAGAUGGUUGUUAAAUAAUGUGGUUCCGAAGAACCCAAAUGUAUGGGCAUUCGUCAGUAAGCGGUUGAAAGCAUUGCCAGUUUUAGGGUCGGUACACGGAUCCGACCUUCUGAAUGUUUAUGGCGGUGGAGAGAUGCAGGAUUACCUCAUUCGUUUCGCCACUAAUCUGAACCCCAACUCGAACAGUUUGCUGAGCUUCCAAUGGCCCAAGUAUGAACUCAAGAAUCGACAGCUUCUGACAUUCUUGGACGGCCUUAUUCCAUUGGCAAUCACAGCUGAUACAUAUAGGCAGGCUGCCAUGAACUUUUUGACAACUGUGACACUUGCAAACCCCGUUUGA